UUCGCGGGGCGGCACGGCGCCUCCGCCGGGAUGCAGCCUGCGCUGCGGUCUCUGGACCUGGGGGCAGCAGGGGAUCCUCUCCAGCCUUGCGUGGGAGCGCAGCAAGCUAUGAAAGGGGAAAAGUUGUUUGAUAUUAAGAAGGCUUUUGAGGAAGCUCAAAAACCUCACCAAAAUCAGGCCAAAUUGGUGGCAUCUUUAAAGCAUACCUAUAAUGAGUUACAAGACAAGGACUGUUUUCAUGAAAAGUUUGUUCAUUAUCUGAAGUAUGCCAUGGUAAUCUACAAACGAGAACCUGCAGUGGAACAAGUGAUAAAUUUUGUGGCCAAGUUUCUGGCUUCAUUGUAUAAUUUGGAGAAAGAGGAUGCUGAAGAGGAAGAAAUGGAAAAUCCCUUUCUAAAUUAUCUGUUCACCUUUCUCCUUGAGUCCCACCCCGCUAACAGCAAUGCAGUUAGAUUUCGUGUGUGCCAACUUAUUAAUAAACUUUUGGGAAGUCUGCCAGAGAACGCCCAGAUCGAAGAUGAACUGUUUGAUCAGAUUAAUACUGCUAUGCAGCUCAGAGCAAGAGACAAAGUACCAAAUGUGAGAAUCCAAGCUGUGUUGGCUUUGUCUAGGCUUCAGGAUCCCAAGGACGACCAGUGUCCAGUUGUUAAUGUUUACAGCAGUUUAAUUGAGACUGACUCCAACUCAGAAGUAAGGCGUGCUGUGUUGUCCUGCAUUAGUCCAUCAGUUAAAACUCUGCCCAAAAUUAUUGGUCGUACCAUGGAUGUAAAGGAGACAGUCAGGAAAUUAGCAUAUCAGGUACUGGCAGAAAAAGUUCAUGUCAAAGCUUUGACAAUAGCCCAGAGAGUAAAACUUUUGCAGCAAGGACUUAAUGAUAGAUCAGAAAGCGUGAAAGAAAUGGUACAGAAACAGCUUCUCCAAGCUUGGUUACAUCUAGUUGAAGGAAAUGUCUUAGAAUUGCUGCAUCAUCUGGAUGUGGAGAGUUGCCCCGAAGUGGGUGUUCUAGCCCUUAAUGCUAUGUUCCUGCUGUCUCCCCACCAGGAUCUGAUUAAAAAAUUUUCAGAACUUGAUGACAGGAAAACUAUUCCAAUAGAAAAACUGACUGCAGAGAGUGCCUUAUAUUGGAAAGCUCUUUGUGAGCACUUGAAAUUCAAAGGAGAAGAAUUCUUAGAAGAAGUCUUGCCAGAGCCUGCUAUCUAUGCGGAUUAUCUGUUGGGCUACUUUCAAAGCAUUCCAGUAUUCAGUCAGGAAGAAAAGGAAGAUCUGGCCUGCAUUGAGCAAUUGAUGACUAAGGAAUUUAUAGGUCAGCAGUUAAUUCUAAUGAUCGGUUGCAUGGAUAUCACUGAAGAAGGAGGCAGGAAGAGAAUGCUGAGUGUCCUACAAAAAAUUCUUAUGAUUCCAACCACAUCAGCAUCCCUCGUAUCCCAUCUUAUGGAAAAGUUGCUCUGCCUUUUGAAGGAUGAUGACGGAAGAAUCCAGAUGGUUGCUGAAAUAAUUUCAGAGGCACGGGAAACCAUUAUGACAAUAGACAAGCAGCAAGACGCAAGUGAGAUAAGAAAACAAGAGCUUAAGCUGGCAGAAAUAAAAGUGAAACUCAUGGAAGCAAAGGAUAUUCUGGAGAAGUGCAUAGCCAUGCAAGACUUCAGCCAUGCUUCUGUGUUAAAGGAGAGGAUUAUAGAGCUGGAAAGUAUAAAGAGUGGCUUGUUGAAAGAGGCGGAAGAAUCCAAAACUAAAGAGAUAUGCGUGGAAAAGAGUGAUCCAGAAACACUUCUGAAGUGUUUGAUGAUGUGCAACCAACUUCUGAAGCAGAUCUCAUUUUCCAAAGGAUUAGGACCUACAUUGGAUGGAAUAAUUGAAUCCCUGAUAAUCCCAGGAAUUACUAAUAUCCAUCCUGCUGUGCGAAACAUGGCGGUGCUGUGCUUGGGCUGCUGUGGCCUGCAGAGCAAGGAGUUUGCAAGUCAGCGCCUCACUUUGCUGUUGCAAGUAUUGCAAAUUGAUGAAAUGAAGGUAAAAUUGAGUGCUUUAAAGGCACUAUUUGACCAGGUAAUGAUAUUUGGAAUAGAACCAUUCAAAGACAGAAAAGUUCAAACUGGAAAUGAAGAAAAAGAGAGUGAGAAAACUAAGGAAACAGAAGAAGAAACAGCUACCACUCACAACCUUCUUCACCUUCUUUCUGGGUUUCUAGAUAGUGAGUUUUCAGAACUAAGAACUGAGGCUGCCGAGGGACUGGUGAAGCUUAUAUUUUCUGGCCGGCUAAUCAGUGCUAAGCUUCUUUCUCGACUGGUUUUGUUGUGGUAUAAUCCAGUGACAGAAGAAGAUACACGUCUCCGACAUGCCUUGGGAGUUUUUUUCCCUUUAUUUGCAUAUUCAAAUAGAACCAAUCAGGAAUGCUUUGAAGAAACUUUUAUUCCAACGUUGCAAAUAUUAUUUAAUGCUCCAGCUUCAUCACCAUUGUCAGAGGUUGAUGUAGCUAAUGUUGCUGAACUUCUGGUGGAUCUAACAAGGCCCAGUGGAUUGAAUCAACACGUUCAGAACUGCCAGGGUUUGACAGUUCAUGAUAAUUUAGCGCUGAAAAUAUGCAAUGAAAUUUUGACGGAUCCAAAUGUGCCAGAUGUCCGGAUAUAUGCAAAAGCUCUCUGUUCCUUAGAAUUCAGUAAGGAUUUCACAAAUGACCUCAUGGAUUUAUUUGAGGAUAUUCUUGUGACAGUAAAAGAUAAAAUGUCUUUAAAAAUGGUUGAAAAAGUGAAGAACAACUUAAACAAAGGAAACCCUGUUGAUGGACAUGUUUCAAAAGAAAAGGACACUGCAGAAGUAGCUGAAAACAAUUUGGACUGCAAUAAAUCAUGUACGUCCAUUGAUCAGAAUGAGGAAGGUGAUAAAGUAAUCACUCCUACUAGAGACACAGAGAACACACCUCUAAAGCCAAGAUCUACAAGAAACAGAGCAACAAAAGGUCUGAGAAAAAUAGAAAUGCAGACUCAGCACCAAAGUGGGUGUUCUAGAACUAAAGGAUCUGAAUGUGACAGAGAAAUUCAGCAACCUGUUUCUAUGGCAUAUUCAAAACCAUUCCACCAAAUCAAAACAACAGCUCUUGCAAAAACAAAAAUGGAUCUCUCCAAGCUUCUAGACAAAGAAUAGGUUAACCAAAUCUGAUGGUCACUAAAAUUUGCUUUAUGUGCUGCAUAAUAAAGAUACUAAACCCCUAAUAAACCCUUUUUAAUGUGGUAUAUGUCAUACAAAGAUGUCUCUAUUUCUUUUAAAAUAGUGCCCAUUAAGUAUGCUUGAUAAUUAUACUUAAUUACAAUCAAUUUUUAUUGCAUAUACAGUUCAAGCUAUUACUCUGAAAGCUGUCUUGGAUGGUUAAUUCAGUUUUGUUUUUCAAAAUGUAAAUGUAUUUUGAAAUUUGUCCUUUGUGAAAUGUAAUAAAAUGUUGUAGAUUGUCUGUAGUAUUUAUUAAUAUGGCAGAUAGAUUAUUUUUACUUCAACAAAGGAGUGACUGCUAUACAAAUUCCUUCCUCCAACUUCUCAAUUAAAAGUUUGGAAGUUUUUAGCCUUAAGAAUUUAAAAAUGAAAAUCAUUCUAAUAUAGAACUGCAUCAAUAAAACAGCCAUAUGUAUUGUUAUGAAUUAUCAGAAGUAGCACUGCAUGCUAACUUUUUGAACUAUAAAAGCAUUUUAGUGUCUUCCCACCAGACCCUAGUAGUAUUAGUAAUGCGAGGAGGGUUUAGAAGGAUGCAGACUGUCCAAAGCUGAAUGUAUUUAAUCAAAGAAUAUUGAUUUUUUGUGCUGAGCAAAUGAAUAUUCAUUAUAGCUCUUCAAACUUGAUAGGCGUUGCUUCUCUUAAUAGCACCUCAGAACCAAAACCAUGUGUCCUAACAUAUCUUGCAGUGCCAGCCAGUAGUUUUACAAACUUGCAGCAUCCAUGUAUGAAAAUGUAAAGGGGGUUGAAUUAGAAGACCUUCAAGGUCCCUUCAACUCUUAUUCUAUGUACUAUAAACUAUUGUAUUUUCGCUCAAGACGCAUUCCCCCCAUUCCCAAGUGGGUGGAAAUGUCUGUGCGUCUUAUGGAGCGAAAAAUAUGGGCCAUGGCAAUGGGGUCCUUUUACAGUCCUGAACUCCGCCUCUUCUGUCUUGGUCAUUGCCCGUUUUCCUCCUCAAAACCUAAUUGCAUCUUAUGGUCAGUUGCAUCUUAUACUGAGAAAAAUAUGUUCAUUGUUAAAAUAUACCUACCUACUAUGAGAUAUUCCUGGGUAUCUCUUGCAUGAGUCACAUUCAUAGACAAUGUGCACCAGGAGAAAUUGUGUUACCCAUUGCACUUUAUUAUAGUUUCUUGCAGCAUCCCAUGGUCACAUGACCAAUUUCUGAGAUUAAGUUUUAUUUCCAGCAAAAAAACACCCAUUGAGUAUAAUGCAUUCAUUAAGGACCAUGAUGCUUACUUAAUAGCCACUGCAUUUGCUUAAUGACUGUGGUGUUCAUUGAACCACCACCACAAAAAUGAUAAAAUUGGUCAUGGUCAAAUCAUGACCGCCUUAAUGACUGCCACAAUUUAAGACUAAUUCUGGGUUUGAUUACAGUUAUAAAUCAAGGACAACCUGUAUUCUGCAUUAGCUGACAAUCAUGAAUCAAGUACAUCCACAUCUUUCUUCAGUUGGAAAUUUAAUCUACCAAAAGUGAUCAAAACGGAAUUUAAGUCACUACACAAGUUUCUUCCUAACAAGAAGUGCAAAUUAGGAUGAAUCCAAUUAGCGUUCAACUGAAUUUUUUUCUCCACUGCCAUUCUGAUGUCUUUUUGAUAAGUGAUACAUAGGAUUAGAUGCAGAUCCUAGAUGGCUUAUUUUUAAAGCAAACUGGACAACUGGAAUAGUAAACACAACAAAUUCAGAAAAGAUAAAGCAGGAGAUAAGUUGCAACCAUUUUAAUCUGAGUGUAGUGUAACUUCCCACAAAAUUUCACCCCGCUUACCAAUAUUUAAUAAAAUGUUGAUAAAGUGAAGGCUGGUUAAGUGACUCAAAGGGUCUCCUUUACAAUCAGUGGCCUUUCAGC